GUCGCGGGUGGUGUUGUGAUAAUUUUCCUCGAAGGAAAAUUCGCUUUUCCUUAUUCCGUACGCCGCCGGUAGACAAGAUGAGGCACAAUAACCAACUGCCGGACAAUCUGCCGCAGCUGCAGAACCUCAUCAAGCGCGAUCCGGAAUCGUAUCGCGAAGAGUUCCUGCAGCAGCACCAGCAUUUCCUGAGCGUGCUGGACAUCUUCCGUCUGGAGCCGGACAAGGAGAACAAAAGUUUGUGCGAGUCGAUCAUGUUUCUGGCGCAGAUCGCCCAGUGCUACCUGGAGGAUCUGAAAACGUUCCCGCAAACGUUGGUGGACCUGCUGAAGACGCACUCUACCACACUGGAUCCCGAGAUGCGGAACACGUUUUGCCGGGCACUGAUUUUGCUGCGCAAUAAAAAUCUGAUUUCACCGCUCGAUCUGCUGGAGCUGUUUUUCCAGCUGCUUCGCUGUCCGGAUAAGGCGCUAAGGACGUUCCUGGAGAAUCACAUCAUCACCGACAUCAAGAACAUGAAUGCGAAGCAAAAGGACAUGAAGCUGAAUUCGACGCUCCAGAGCUUCAUGUAUACGAUGCUACGUGAUUCCAAUCCGAAGGCGGCCAAAAUGUCGGUUGAUAUCAUGAUUGAACUGUACCGGAAGCAGGUGUGGAACGACGCCAAGACGGUGAACGUGAUAGCGAAUGUCGGUUGCUUCUCGAAGGUGACGAAGGUGAUGGUGGCUUCGCUCAAGUUCUUCCUUGGCACGGAUCAGCAGAACGAAUCGGAUGAUGACGAUAGCGAUCGGGAGGUAGAUCUGAAGGGUGUUAUGAUGGCCACGAGGGUGAACAAGAAAACAAAGAAACGCAAGAAGCAGCUCGAGGCCGCCAAGAAGCUGUACACUCAAGCGCAGAAGAAGAAGAGCAAACCGGUAGCAUUCAACUUCUCGGCCAUCCAUCUAAUACACAACCCGCAAGGUAUGGCAGAGAACCUGUUCAAGCAGCUGCAGGAUGGUAAUGAGCGGUUCGAAGUGAAAUUGAUGCAUCUGGAUGUCAUUUCUCGCUUGAUUGGCAUACACGAGCUGUUUCUAUUCAGCUUCUAUCCUUACAUUACACGGUUCAUACAGCCGCAUCAACGUCAGGUAACGCGUAUUCUGCAGUUUGCGGCCCAAGCCUCGCACGAACUGGUCCCACCGGAAAUCAUCGAACCGGUCAUCAAAACGUUGGUCAAUAAUUUUGUUACCGAGCGCAACUCGAGCGACGUGAUGGCCAUUGGGUUGAACGCUGUACGGGAAAUUUGUCUUCGCUGUCCACUGGCGAUGACCGAGGAUUUGUUGCGUGAUUUGGUCAUGUACAAGAACUAUAAGGAAAAGUCUGUAAUGAUGGCCUCCAAGUCGUUGAUCAUGCUGUACCGAGAGCAAAUUCCGACCCUGCUGGCAAAGAAAGAUCGUGGUAGACCGACGGAGGCGAGUGUGGAAAUCAAACCGAAGCGUUACGGUGAGGUACUGGCCAACGAGUACAUUCCCGGCACCGAGGCACUACUGCGGGAAGAUGCUCCCGAGCUUGACGAAGACGAUGAGUCAGCCAGUGGCAGCGGUAGUGAUGAUUCCGAUUGGGUAGACGUGGACAGUAGUGAGGACGAAUGUGACGCUCUGCUGCGGGAGGAAAAGAGCAAAUCCAAGAAGGGUAUCACGAUGAUCAAAUCAGCAAAGAGCAAGCAACAGGAACAGAGCGAGAGCGAAGAAAGCGAUCAGACAGAAGAUGAUGCGGAUGAAGAAGAUACAGACGAUGAGGAGGACGACGAAGAUGAAGGAGAAUGGGAGGAGUGCAGCGAAGAAGAAGAGCUAGAGGAAGAUGAUGAAUCGGAAGUGGUACCAAAGGGAAAGGCAAAGGAAAAACAAAAGCCCGUGGUAAUAUCAAAGAGAAAGGGAAAGAAAAACAAGAAGAAAAAGAAGAUUAUAACCGUUAGUGGAGCGAAGAAAGAUGAUGCGGAACCGGAAACAACAACAGUAGGCGAAUCCGACCAAACACUGAACACGGCCGAGGCGAUGCAGGAGCUGGCGCUUACAAAGAUAUUUACCGAUGCCGAUUUCGCCCGUAUCGAGCAGGAGCGCGUGAAGAAACAGGUUACGCACCACAGCCGGAAGCGGCAGCUGGAGACGGAACGCAAUGAGUUCGUGAAGCUGGAUUCGAUCGAGAUGAUCUACAAGCGUCGCAAAACGGACAAGGAGGCCCGCGUCGAGAGCAUGAAGAAAGGCCGGGAGGGACGUGAAAAGUUCGGCUACAAGGACAACCGGCUGAAUCCGCACUGCUCGAAGACGAAUCGAGAGAAGCGAAAAACGAAGAACUUUGGUAUGAUCCGGCAUAAGGCACGCGGUAAGGUUAAGAAAUCGUUCCGCGAUAAGCAGCUCGCUCUGCGGAAACAUCUGAUGAAUAUGAAGAAAAUGAAGUAGGACAAGUACGAAGGUUGUUGAACGUUAAUAAACGCUCGUAAAACAAUCAA